UCUGUGUGGGGCUCAGCAGCCAAGCGCCUCGCCGUCGCGGUCGUUUUUGGACCUCCGCGAGCUUCGAAUCCUUGCGGAGGAAGGCGGCGGAGGUACGAGGUCGGGAGGCCCAUCGGAGCUUCGCGAGCUCGGGCUCUUUGGCCGGAGAAGGAAACCUUCGGCAGCCGACGCUUUUUUUGGUUCUAUACUUGCUGAAGCGAACGCCGCCGCUACCGAACAUUCUCCGGCAGAUUUCGCUCCGGGAACGAGGUUGAAACUGCGAAAUGCGGCCUCUCGCUUACGUUGUCCUCCUCCUCUUCGGCUCCUCCUCGUUGUUUUCUCCUUCAGUCGGCGAUCCUCGAGUCUCCGAGGCGGGCAUUCUCUGUCUCAAAUCCAACGUCACAUCGACCGCGAACGUCAUCUCGAACUUCCUGAUCGUCAUGCGAGAGGUCGCCGCGAAAGUCGCCGAGGAUCGCUGGGCUUAUGAUUCCAUAACCUCUCCGUUGCCGGAACUCUACGCCCUGGCUCAAUGCCACGGCGAUCUGAGCCACGACGAUUGCCUCCUCUGCUUCGCGCAGAGCAGGACUAUACUUCCUAGAUGCAGCGUCUUGGCUGCUGACUCUGGGCGGUUGUAUCUCGACGGUUGCUUCAUAAGGUCCGAUUACUACAAUUUCUACAACGAGACCAUCGAUCCGCAGCAUGACAUGGUCAAGUGCGCCAAUCAAACCAGUGUUUCAGCCGACCAGCAGGCGCAGCUGCAGUUCGCCGAUAAGGUCGACCGAGUGCUGAGGAAUGUGUCUGCGGUCGCGCCGAAGAAUAAGGGGUUCGCCGUCUUUGAGGAGGCGAGUGGAGGAGGAGUUGCCGGUGUUUAUGCGCUGGCACAGUGUUGGAACACUCUCGACGAGAACUGUUGCGGAGAGUGCUUGGAGAAUGCGAUGAUCAAGGCGAGGAACUGUACUCCCGGGGAUGAAGGGAGGGCUAUGAAUGCCGGCUGUUUCAUGCGAUAUUCGACUCAGAGGUUUUAUACUGUCCCAACAGAUGGUGACUCGUCGAAGCUCGGGAUCAUAAUUGCAAUUGCUUCAUCCAUUGCUGCUGCAACUUCACUCGUUUUCAUCGGUGCUUAUGUUGGAUACAGAAAAUUAUCCAAGAAAAGAGAAGUCCAGAAGAAGUUCUUUGGUGUUCCGGCGAUUGUAAGGAAGUCGAAUCUGAAUUUCAAUUACGAAUUGCUUGAGAAGGCUACCAACUUUUUUGACGACUCGAGGAAGUUAGGCCAAGGAGGAGCUGGUUCGGUAUUCAAGGGGAUCCUCCCUGAUGGAAGAGUUGUUGCAGUCAAGAGGCUGGUGUUCAACACGGUUCAGUGGGUGGAUGACUUCUACAAUGAGGUAAAUUUGAUCAGUGGAAUCCAACACAAGAACCUGGUCGGGCUUCUGGGUUGCAGCAUUGAAGGCCCCGAAAGCCUCUUGGUUUAUGAAUAUGUUCCGAACAGAAGCCUAGAUCAAUUCCUCUUUGUUAAGGAUGCAACCCGCAUCCUGAGCUGGCAGGAGAGGCUUAAUGUCAUCUCCGGAACAGCUGAGGGGCUGGCAUAUCUUCAUGGACCUUGUGGAGUGAAAAUUAUACACCGAGACAUAAAAAGCAGCAAUGUCCUUCUUGAUGAGGAUCUCACGGCGAAGAUCGCUGACUUUGGACUUGCUCGAUGCCUUGAUCCGGAAAAAUCUCAUCUUAGCACCGGUAUCGCAGGGACGCUGGGCUACAUGGCUCCAGAGUAUCUUGUUAAGGGAAAACUAACGGAGAAAGCAGAUGUUUACUCUUUCGGCGUGCUGGUCCUAGAAAUUUUAAGUGGUAGGAAGAACAGUGUCUUUGGGCAGGUCUCAGGUUCAGUUCUGCAAUCAGUAUGGAAGCAAUAUAAAUCAAACGGUCUUGCUGAAUGUAUCGAUCCUGCGUUGAAAGGCAAGUUUCCCGCCUCGGAGGCAUCGAAUGUGCUUCAAAUCGCCCUUCUUUGCACCCAAGCUUCCCCAGAUUUACGACCAUCCAUGUCUGAAGUAGUUGAGAUGCUCAACGACCAGGAGUGUACAGUUCCCGUGCCGACGCAACCCCCAUUUCUCAACACUAAUCUGACUCCAGAUGACUCCAGCAGCAGCUCGAAUACGAACACUGGGAUCUCAAACCAACUGACAAAUCCCGGAAUUUCCUUCGCUUCCACCAUAAGCCUCAGGUGAAAUAGCCUUUUCAGUGGAAUCAUCUGAGCCGGCGGAGGCAAUGUAAUUUUUGGACAUAGUGAACGGGAGCACUAAUUAUACCCCGACCGCAUUGCGAUGAGGUGGGCAUAUGGUCCCGUGAGAAGGAUUGCGGGUAGUCGUAUGGCCAGUAAUGCUCAAGGGUUUCUCGAAGCCUGACCGGGAAAUCGGGAUGAGAAUGUUUGGGCUGCGAGGCGGGGCAAAAGAUGCAGCUACUGUGCAAGAGAUUGCAGAAGCUCCGCGGUGCAUCGGUCAUGUCUAAUGCUAGCCGUUUCUCAUGUACUUAUUCUCAUUCAUUUCUUUCUUUUGUCCUCCAUUUCCUCUUAGUAUUGCCAAUUCCACCCAACUCAUAUACGAAAUACUUGGUUUCUAGAACAGUGACUCGUAUGAAACAGAAUCACAACUAUGCAGUAGUUCAUGCCAGCCUCUUUCACGUCCUGUAAUCUCAAAAGGGAAAAGCAAAACCCCGAGAUUCCGCCUCUAUCGUUGGAAAUCUUCUGACUAGCAUUUUCACUUUAGUUUUUUUUCUCGGACUGACGGUCUCUUUCGCCGUGAUGAGGAUAGAUGAAUUCUUGAAAUGAUCAUCUAGACAGCUUGACGUACUUCUCAA